UUUUUUGGGCUUUCUUUGGGGAGGAUGUCACAUUCUGUUGGUAAUUUACUGCAGUGAUGAGCUUGUGUAACUGUGCAUUUGAUGUCCAUGUCAAUAGUAGGUGUAUAAACUACUACAUGCUUGUAACAGCAAGGAACAUUAGGUGUGAGAGGAUGUAAAGCCUACUAAAGGUGCAAGAGACAUUACCGUGCUCUUGACGGAACCACCCGAGUGACUGGUAUAAUUUAGUACACUGGAUCCCAACCCUGUUUGACCCCCCCUGUCCUGCACAGUAUUAGAUUUCCCUACUCGAACACUCACUUCAACUUGAGGCUGGUUAGUUGAAUCGGGUAUUGGGAGUUUUAGAGAAGAUAUGAACUUGCAGGACUAGGGAUACUCCAGGACCAAGUAUGGGAACUUGUGGUUUGGUAUCUGAGGAGUACGAGGUGUAUUGGACCAUGAAGGAAUUGUAGUGAGGUUUCUAUAGUGAGAAACAUGGACUGCUAUACCUCUGGACCGAUUUGAACUGUGGAAAUGAACUGGGCCAGUGAGGGGGAAAAGUCUAAUCUGUGUUCAUUUUGAAAUAAAGUUCUGCUGUCUGUCUGUUUACUGUUUGUACACAAACACUCAAAUUUAUGUGAAGCAUGAAUUAAAACUGUGUAUAUUGGUUGUUAUUCAGUAUGCAUAUUUCAGUUCUUAGACUCAAUAACACACUUGAGACUCUCUUGUAUACGUGUGUGUGUGUAUACACUCACACCCUCACACUCUUUGUGCUAGCACUUGAAUAUGAGUUUUGAAAAAUGGCUUUCAUCAAAAUGGGACUUUUCCUCACACCAAUACACGCAUAUUUUACUUCUUUACAAAUAUAAAAAGUCCACUACGUAGCGUUAAUGCAUAUAUAUAUGUAUUUUUUAUAUAAGGAAACAUAUUUGCUCGCUACAAAGGACGUCCCAAGGCAUUUAGCAACUUCUAUCAGAACUAAUUAGCUUCCUUCGAAGCAGGCAAAUGGCUCGGCUUACUAUGUGGCGUAAAAACACGACGCCCGGGGCCUUUUACGGAUGACUUCCAAAUCCUAAUCUACUCCCUUCAUUAGAGUCCUGCGUAGGGAACACAGUAAUAGCGUCAACUGAAGGUCUAGUGCACUACUUAUCUAACAGGCGCUUAUAUUCGAAUCCGGCCGUUUCAACAUGGCGGCGCACUAGGAAGCUUUACUGUAAGAAAGAAAGCAAGCUCGGAAACGCGCUUGGGGUCAAAAAAGAGACGCAAAACAGCAACAAAGUCGAAACUAAAGCGAAUUAUUUAGUGUAGGAUAAGACCUGUUUGAAUGAGUGUGGUUAUGAAAACGUCUCAGCGUGAUCAUGCUGAGGUCCACCGGUUUCUUCCGUGGGAUUGACUGCCCGUUUUACACUGGAGCUAGUGACGGGAAAAGUGGCUGUAACAGACCGUACUGCCACUUCAGACACAGCAACAGCAGACAAAGAGCAUCCUCUGGAGUGUAUGAGAUCAGAAAAGCCAAAGAGGCUCCAUCCGACUCGAAUGACCAAGGCUAUGAUCCGUUUAACCCUGAAGUGGUCCGACCCGGAGAGCAGUACAAUGCAGAGCCCCCAGCAAGCCCAGUUAUGGAUCCAGGACCCACGGAGCUGGAACUGGUCAACCGGGCCAUCGAGGCCGUCCAGAGCGAAAUGGAGAAGGAGAAGAAGAAGCUGUCUCGGAUUGGCGAGCAGGGAUACGAUCCUGCAAACAGCUCCAUUAAAGCGGGUUACAGCAGACAGGCGGUUGCUGCUGCGUCGUCCCAUAGUGCUUACGAUCCCGGGAGUUAUCAGAUGAGCCAGACGUCUGAGUACAACCCAACCCCUCGCUCCAGCAAAUACACGCUGGACUCGGAGAGCAGCAGCAGCAGCUACGCUAACUCAAUGGAGUACGUCCCUACAGCUGUCUCCAGAGCAGCGGUAAAAAAAGCAGCACCUGCUCCAACGUCCCGUAUCCCCUCUACAUGCUCGUCUUCCUCAAAGAAUAAGUACACGCUGGACAAUUUGAGACCGUCGACGGACAUGGAGUAUGAUCCGCUGUCAAACUUUUCUGCUAAACCAGGCACUAAGGGAGUGAAAGAUAUAGGGAUGGAGGGAGACGGGAGGAAAAGAGUUCACCCCGGAUGGCAGAAGCAAAGCACGGAUGAGGAAUACGUCCCCGUGGUGAAGAAGCCGAGACAGCUUCCGGUCGAAGAACCCCAAAAGUACACGGCCAACUUUGAAUCUGAUGAUGAAAGUUCUGGAAAUGAGUAUCGGCCCACACCAAUGAGCCGCCUGCAGAGGAGGAAAAGCAGCGCUGACUCAGUGGACGACGAAAAAAGGAAAUCUAGAGAAACGGGAGUCUGUAGGCAGCCGCCAGCUCAGGAAGUCGCAAUCGAUGACGAUGAUGAAGAAUCCGACGGCUUUGAGCCUCUCGAUUCUGAGCAGCCAGAUGAUGAGCCACUGGAUAAGAAGUGGAUCAAGGACAGCAUCCAGGUGAAGAAAGGUCAAAGUGAAAAAAUGGUGAGGAAAGAGAGCACGGAGUCCAUCAAGAAGAGCAGCAGCUAUAAAGAGAAGAAAGGAAGCAGCAGCAGCAGCGUGGAGAAAACCUCGAGGAAGCCGAGUCAGGAGAGCGGGAAGAAGGAGAAGAGCCAUGGCAAGGCUGUAGAAGAGAAGCUCAAGUCCAAAGAUUCAGAGAAAGGAGGGAAAGAAUUGAAAUUGAAAGACGGGAAAAGCAAGAAGCCAGACAAGAAGAAAGGAGAACAGAGCCAUGGAGAUAAAGAACGAAAUAUUAGCGAGGCCAAGAAGCCCAAAUUGGACAAGGUGCAGCAAAGCAGCAAAGAAUCCAUCAAGUACAAGGAACAGAAAAAUGGGAGAAUAGAAAGCAGUGGACGAGAGAAGGACAAAAGGAAAAGCAGCAGCAGUACCAGCAGCAGCAGCAAAGACAAAAACAAGAAAAGCAGCUCGUUUCUGGAGAAGAAGGACGCCAAAGCGGCGAAGGCCAAGCCGCGCUCUCUGAGUCACGCAGACCUGUUCGGAGACGAGAGCCCAGAGGAAGAGGAGGUGGAGGACGAGGAAGACGAACGGGUAGUCAGGAAGUCCGCUUCGGCGUUCAAAAGAGGCAGUCUGGGUAACAAGAGGAAGGCGUCUGAUGCUACGGAGACGUCGUCAGAGGAAGAUAUCGGGCCUGGGGAUGAAGAUGAACCUGCUUAUGAUGGCGAUGAUGGUGAUGGUGAUGCUGAGGACUUUUCUAUGCUUCAAGAGGACGUAGAUUACGACUCGGAUCCUAUGGAGGAGUGUCUCAGGAUCUUUAACGAGUCCAAAUAUGUGAAAACGGAAGACAAAGGCAGACAAGCUAAACAGCCUCCCAAAGAGAAGGAAGAAGAUCAAGAAGCACAGAGCACUUUAACCACGCUUUUCCCCGGCCAGAAGAAGAGAGUUUCACAUUUCAAAGCCAAAGGAAGUACGGAGACGUCGCUGAACAUCUUGCCCAAGCCUCAGCGCAGACUGACGGCUCAGGAGGUGUGUUACCAGCGCAUGCAGAUCGCUCAGCAGCAGGCGGCACAGCUCGCCGCGUCCGCCGCCAAGAACACAUCUCCUGCUUCACAUUCUCUCUCCAGCACUGCCGUGUCAGGGGAGAAACGCAGAGUGAUGCACCGCCCGAACCCCGCCCUCGUCUCCGCAAAAAAGCCUGUUUUGUCAGAGUCACAGCAGGCUAGCCGUGGUGUUUUAUCACCCAGCAGAGCCGUACCAGAUCAGUCGGUGGUCAAAGCGCACACGUCAGCCGCCAUGUUGUCCAAAACCGUGUCCACUUCGGUGCAAAAGAGAGUGGCACACACUCCUACACUCAAGAGCUCUUCUAUGAAGCGGCCAGUCAUUCCCACUGAGUUUGGAGCGAAAGUGCCCACUAACGUACGCCAGCGCUACCUCAACGUCUUCAUCGAUGAAUGUCUUAAGCUCUGCCCAUCGGAGGAGGCAGCUUUUCAGAUGGCUCUGGAAGAGGAGAAGCUGGUGUAUGACCGGAGCAGCAGUAAAAACAUCUACCUGAACGUCGCAGUGAACGCGCUGAAGAAACUGCGCAGCAAGAGCGCAACCCCCACCGCUCCAUCACCCCCGGCUGCCUCCAUGUCCACCAAGAAGUCCGCCGUGUCUGUAAACAGGAAACCUCAGUCACACGAGGGAGUUCUGGGCGGCCGACUGGCAGCUACGACCAGCUACACCAUCAACCGCACGGGCAAACAGCAGGACGUACAGCUCAAAGGUGCAGUUCUCUACCAGAAACUGAAAGCAUACGUUUUGACUGAGGAGCAGCUGCAGGAACACGGUUACCCGAGACCUCAUCCUGAGCGCCUAGGCCACGCCAUCAUCUAUAACGCCCCUGAGAAGAAAAACCAAGACCCCUUCACUAAGGUGUGCUGCCGGUGUGGAGUCGAGUACAAAAUCAACGCCAAUGGCAACUGUGUCCGCAAAGAGGAGUGUAACCAUCACUGGGGCAGAUUACGCAGAUACAAAGUGUCUGGAGGCUGGGAGACGCAGUACAGCUGCUGCUCGGGUGCCGUGGGCUCUCCUGGAUGUCAGGUGGCUAAACAACACGUGCAGGACAGCCGUAAGGAGUCUUUAGACGGCUACGUAAAGACGUUCAGCAAACCCUCAUCGUCUGAUGGAAACGCAGGAGUGUAUGCUUUGGACUGUGAGAUGUGCUACACAAAGCAGGGUUUGGAGCUGACCAGGGUGACGGUCAUCAACUCUGACCUGAAAGUGGUUUACGACACGUUUGUGAAGCCAGAGAGCAAAGUGGUGGACUACAACACACGGUUCUCUGGUGUGACGGAGGAGGAUCUUGAGAGCGCCACGAUGAGGCUGAGAGACGUGCAGGCCGUCUUACUGAACAUGUUCAGCGCAGAGUCUAUCCUGAUUGGCCACAGCUUGGAGAGCGAUCUCUUUGCCCUUAAGCUGCUGCACAGCACCAUCGUCGACACGGCCGUGGUCUUCCCUCACCGCCUCGGCCUGCCGUACAAACGCGCUCUGCGCAACAUCAUGGCCGAUCACCUCAAGCGCAUCAUCCAGGACAACGCGGAGGGCCACGACUCCAGCGAAGACGCCGCCGCCUGCAUGGAGCUCAUGAUAUGGAAAAUCAAAGAGGAUGCCAAAGUCAAGAGAUGACCUCUGACCCCAUGGACGUCCCUGUUUUUCCAUCACACCCUGCACUGAGCACGCAGAGAGAGAAGGCAAAAUGAAGCUGUGUUGGAUCUGUUGUUGCUCCAGAGAAAGAGAGAGAGAGACAAGAAAGAAGGAGAAAGAAGGAAAAAUGCCACUGCUGUCUGUAGAUUGUGAGUUUGUGCAGAUUUGGCUGUUAAUCCGACACACGUACUUCCUGAGGCGAAUCCUGCCUCGAACAACAGCGUCCUCUUCUGGAAGGGGGAACGGUGGGCGUGUCUUUGAGCCCAUUUAUGGACGUAUCUGAGAAGUUUUAUGAUUGUAUUUUCUGAAAUAUUCUGUCAAGCUAGCUCUUGUUAAUCAUCAAGUCAGCGUUAGUGGUGAAACCAUUUAAAAAGCAUUCCAGAAAUCCUGUCAGGUGAAUUAUACAUGCUAGCUAGUAGGCUAACAAUAGGCCUUUAAGGUUAAAUCUUGUGAAAAUACAUGUGUGAAUGCCAAAGCCUUUGUGUGGACUCGGACACGCCCACAUUCCCAUCUAAGGUCUUGAAGGAACACCCACUUAGAGUUGCUGCAUUUUUUUUGUUUUAAACAUGAUACGGAUUGAGUGAUACGUCUUGUGUGGUCUGCGAAAUUUCUUUUCAGGCUGUCUCUCUCUCAGCCUCGUUUAAACUUGAAACAGGACAGUGGAAAAAAAAAAAGCGUUGAGGCAUGGUCUGGGGUCGAGUUAUUUAUUUUCAUGGCUGCAUGUCAGUUUUGACGGUGCAGGAAAUCGGAUGAAGUUGCUGCUUAGAAAGGCUUUAUGUUGCACUAUAUUAAAUCCAUACAUUAAUUUAGUAAGUGAUGUUUAAUGCCGAUACAUUAAACAUCUGUUUGCCAGUUUAUUAAGUUGACCUUUUAGUCAGGUCCACCUCCUGUAUGUUAUUUUGUACAGUUACUGACUCGAGUAUCUGCUCAGCUAGGGGCCUUCCACCGUGCAUCGUAAACAGGCAACAUUCAGUAGUUAUGAACCUACAACGUGACCUAAAAAAUGAGUCACACCCACAAAUAGGAGCGCAUUAUUAGACAACGUGAAUAGUUUGUGCACCUGGACGAAUGAAGUGAGCCGAUGGUCAGCUGUUGGCCAGAAUCUGACCCAACGUUCACACUACUGAGACAUAACCCUUGUGUCGCUUGUAGUUUGCAGACAUGUAACAACUGCUACCAUUUGUGGGCAUGGCCAGUCCAGAACUUUUUAAGUUCCAGUGAGAAACAGUAGCGAUAAAGCUAACUAUUUACACACAAAUUAAAUAAUGCACGAAUCAGUGUGAAAAUGAAUUGGUUGUUUGAUGUACAUGUUACGUGCUCGGCUUCUUUGGCAGAUCUGCGAAGCAAGCUAGCUGUGUAUUCUCACCAGAGGCACCUACGAUCUUUGCUGCUUCCUUCCAAGUUUUAUUUUUCUUCAUAAUGUUCCUAUACACAUUUAAUGUGAGGAUGUAUAUGACAGGAUAAGAUUCUGUUUUAGUGCGUCAAACAGUAAACAGGAACUAAUUGCAGGUAGGAAGGUUGUGAGCUGGGAACUGAAGAAACGUCGGACCACACGUGAGCAUUGGAUUGGUCCGAGGAAUCGUUCGAGCCAGUCGUUUGGAUUUACACUGAAUCUCACUGUUGCUGUUCAGCUGUCUCUGAAAUCAUGGCUUCAUGUCCCACGUUUAUCACUGUGUCGCUAUCACCUGUCGCUUUGCUGUGUGAAGCAAGCAGUGUGUGUGUGUGUGUGUGGAACACGUGUAAAAUGGAGAGGAUGAAGAAGAACGUUAGAGAGAGGUCAGUUAAAUCAGUGAAUUUGCCAGUGUGUUGCAACAGACUUUAAAUAAUGCGAUAAACUUUAUUAUUAUUUACAACAAUCUCCAGCUGAAUUACACCCCGUCAGUGAACGAGUGAAGUGAAAUCGAAGUAAAAAGAUAUGCUCAAGGAUCCUGAUACGAUUGCCGCUGUUAUUAACGAGAGUGAAAGCAUAACCAGGUAUGAGGAAAGAAACGACGCGUGACUUUUUUUUUUUUUUUUUGGUCCCAGGGGGUGAACCUGAAAUUCUGGCAGCUUCUCACUAAAUGCGUUGAUGUAAAAGUAUUGUUUCUGUUUUAGUGUUUCGUUCAUAGCUGUGACAAUAAAAGCACUUGGCGUGUGUAUAGUCUCUUCAGACUACAGCUAUGACUUGUGUUUACAUGUUUAUAAGGUUUACGUCUUUAAGCAUCCCUUAAUUAAGACACUCGCUUUCAUUUACUUGUCUUUUUUUUUUUGCCAGAUGAUCAUGUCAUUAAUCCACUGUUCACUCACUCCGUAUUAAAGCUCGGCCCCUAAUGCAACUCUGUACAUACGUAAGGGUUAAAGCUAAAAUGAUAGGCUGUAAAUACGCUGUACAAAACUGUUUUGUAUCUAUUUUUGUUUCCUAUUAAAUGAUUUAACUCAAAUGGUUUACUUGUCUGAUUUUUUUUCUCUUUUUCAUAGCCUUUCAGGACUGUGUGACUUCUCCAAGGAGAGUUAAGGUUGCCUA